ACUUUUGCGUUGUCCCAGUCCAUGACAUGAAUAUUUCUUUUGCAGUGAUCUGAUAUGGCUGAACCUGCUCUGCUUUUUCUUUUUGUGAUCUUGUGAGACGUCCUGUCGUUUCCUUUUCGCAUUCUUUUUUUAUGUUCUGUUUUUCUUGUAUUGAAGCUUCUUCCUGUUUCUCCUAUGUAUGUUUUAUGUUAUGCAUGGGAUUUCGUAUAUUAUGUUGCAUUUUUUUGUCCGUGUCAGUCCUGUCUUUAGGGUGAACUAAAAGCGGGCGGAGUUUUGUGUGAGGUUUUACUAUUGCGUUUAUUUUGUGUUUUUUCAUUGUCCUCUGUACGCGCUAUGGUCACCAUGUCUUUGUAGCUGCUUUCGUUUUUUUUUUGUUUGGGUUUUAUUUUGUUUUCUUUCUGUUUUUCUUUGUUUGUCGACUUGCUGUUUCCCUUUGGUUAUGGCCCAUUUUGGAUAUUGGCAGUGUGUGAGUGCGUGUCGUAGGCUAUGUGUUUUUCCUCCUCCUGUCUGUCCUCUUCCUCGGUGAUGAUGCUGGCCCGUUCAUAAAGUGUUCUGAGUACGGAGAGUUUGUGUGCUGUGGGGUGUUCCGAUGUCCAGAGAAGGCUAUCUUUUGGCACGCUAGUUCUGUUGCUAAUAUGAAAUCUUCAUGUGGGAUAUUUUUUGGGGUGACAGCAAAGUUUAAACCUCGAGCUUUUUUCUGUUUCGCAAUAAUGAUAGCGCAGCAUGCCCAGCCCCACUUCAGCCAGUCUCAGGUGGUUGAGAUGAUGAAGAGGCUCUUCAACCUGACACCAUCAGAAAUCCACUCUCUGCUGAGCUACCAGGACCAGAACUUCUAUGUGGCGCCCGCUGAGGGUGGCGAGUACAUCCUGAAGAUAAUGAACUCAGAAGACAGUGAGAACCCCACCCUGAUUGAGGUUCAAGCGUAUGCUAUGUCUGUCCUUCACCAGAAUGGACUUCCUGUUCAAACAGUCGUGCCCACCACCUCAGGACAGCUCAUGAGCCUGGAAGAAACAGAUUGUGGAUAUGGCCCACAGAAGUACCUGGUGUGGCUGAUGACUUAUUUGCCUGGAACCACCAUUUCCAAUGUCCCUUUAACGCCACAGUUACUAUAUGAAGCUGGCAAGACAGCAGCCAGGAUGGACAAAAUCCUGCAUGAGAUGGAGCACCCUCAUCUUGGCGUGCUGCAGAAAGACAAUUUCAUAUGGAGGCUGUCAAAUAUUCCCCUCCUGGAAGGUUACAUCCAUUUAUUAGAUGGAGAUCCUCUUCAGGAGGUUGUGAAGUCUGUCAUUCAUCAGUACAAGACCUCUGUGGUCCCUAAACGCUCCAAUUUCCGCAAGUGCAUUAUACAUGGUGACUUACAUGACCUCAACGUGCUUGUACAACCGGAGGGUGAUGGCCACAGGAUUUCUGGCAUCAUUGACUUUGGGGAAAUAAACAGUGAUUACUACAUCCAUGAGCUCGCCAUCAUCAUGAUGUACAUGAUCAAUGAGCACCCAAAACCCAUAGAGGCAGGUGGACCUGUCCUUGCAGGGUGGGAAAGUGUCCUUCCCCUCAACGAGACAGAGAAAGAUUGUCUCUAUGUGCUGGUGCUGUCCCGCUUCUGCCAGUCGCUGGUUUUAGCUCGUCACUCCGUGAUGUUGCAUCCAGAAAACAAGGAGUAUCUGACAUUUUCAUCCAGGAAGGGCGUCCACAUUCUCCCUCAACUCUGGGAGCUCGGAAAGGAGCAGGUGGAGAAGGUGUGGUUUCAGAGUGCUGCUCAAUUCACUGACAGAAAGUGAGAAAUAUGAAAACCAUUCAAUUAAACACACAACAGGGUGAAUCCAGAGAGCCUUUUGUUCAAAUCAAGGGUAAUCUUAAGAUCACCAGUAAAAACAACAGAUUAUGUCUUCCCAAUAAAAAUAUGACACAUUAUACCAGUGGUUCCCAUCUGGUGGGUCGCAGGUCCAUUCUGAAUGAACUGCCAGUGACUCACAAACAUGUCAAGUUUAUUUACUUGAUUUUUACGUACAGUGAAUUUCCAGCACAGAGUUCAUAUUUUGAAGUGAGUGACUAAAGGACAGCUGCUUGACAUAGCCAGCAAACUUAAUGACUAAGGAGGAAUCUGGACCCUGUGGCUGGACCAGUUGGGAACCACUGUAUUAUACCCUUGUGACUGAUGUUGUAAUAGGAAUACUACGCUGUGUCUGAAUCCAAGAUGGAUAAGGUAGCAAAUGUCAAGGUAGCAAUAUCAACUGUUGUGGAGAAACAGCCUGAGGGAGGGCUGUUUGAGAAGGAGCAGGAAGAAGGAGGAUCCUGGCUUGAUGAGACAAUUUGUAUGUUCCAAUACCAAUACUACUACACUAUAGUAUAUGUCCUAAUCUUAUUUUAUACAGUCUAUAGUCCUAAUACACAGUAUGUCAAAUGCAGUAUGCCACAAAUUCCAGGAUGUUCCACUACAUCCGGUCCAAUUUUGCAAUAUGCAAGCCAGCAUGCUUUUAUGUCUAUUCUGACCCACAAUCCUCUGCUCAGCGGAGGAUUGGUCACAUCAGCUGAUUGACAGCUGCUCAUAUUUUGUACAAUCUAUGCAGUUAGGACUUUGAAGUUAAACUACAUUUACACUAGUUACGUAUAUGGAUCUGUGGCUGUGAUUUAAAAUGCAUAAAAUCUCAUAAAUAUUUACAUUUGUAACCUUUCAGAUUAGGGUACUAUUGUUGUUGCUGUGCACCUUUUAAUUGCCUUUUUACCGUCUCUCCAGUAGGAGGAGCUUUGGGUUUGGGAGAGUUACUUGCAGUCAGACAAGUGGAGAGUGGAGCCACAUAGUUUCUUGACCUCUUUUAUCUCUUUUUACCUCUGUCUUUAUGACUCUCAUUUUGGACAGUUUUGGAUUUUGGAACUAGACAAUUGUUUCUAUACCAUGUUUUCGUGUGUUGAAGUAAACUGUUGAGCCUUAUCCAGUGGUCGUCAUCAUCCAAUCAUCCAAUCAUCAUUAGAGCUUCAAGCUAAAGCGUCACUGAUUGGAAACCUAAAAGAAGUAUACUAGAUAUUCAUUCUGCAAACUGUCCCCCAGAGGAUUAAAUGAUGAGAUAUCAUGGCAUGUCAUGCUUUAAAGGAUCUUGGGAUCUUAAAAGACCAACUUAUAAUACACACUAGGCACAAGUACAUCAUCAGAUUAUACAAUGUUGAACAGUUUUGAAUGAUUUAUAAAGCUGCCAGGUCGACGUGUUCAUUCAGUAUGUAGACUUAGCUGUGUAAGGAGUCUGAUUUUUCAGUUUUGCUUGUUCCCUUGUUUUCUUCUUCUUCUUUUUCAUAUUGGGUAUAUAAUGUGACCAAUGGUACAUAUGUCGCUGUCAGCUACUGAGAAACACACCCACAGCUGAUUAAGUGUCCCACACCUGUGCACAUAAAAUGGGCAGAGCACUAUCUGUUGAAGACCAGUGUUGUAAAAAAUGGUGUUAAAGGGGAACACCAUGAAGGUCCAGAGGAACCAAAACAUUACUAUAAUCAAUAAAUGAAGCUGAGCAAGUGCAG